GCAGUUCAAUUUAGCAGGCACUCAUCCUUUGUCCGGAUAUGUUAAAUAAUCCUGAAGAUAAUGUACCGCCUUGGGAAAAGUAUUUUCUACUGAAGCCGCAAAUGGGAGAUGGACUUCUUCUAAGCAAAGGCAAAAGUUGGCGUAAAAAGCGCAGUUUACUCACUCCAGCUUUCCAUACCAAAAUUCUCCAGAAGAAUUACAUGGAAAAAUUUAACAAAGGUGCUGAUUUAUUAGUUGACAAAAUAAAGGAAUGUGUGAACAAUCCCUGGGUUGACCUCGAACCGUUGUUCGGGCAAUAUUCUUUAUAUGUUAUAUGUGACGCAGCCUUUGGAAUUAAAGAAAAUGAAGAAGAAGCUGAAGAGCUGAUGAAGUGCUGCCAAGAAAUAUUUAAAAUUAGUACCCUUCGCAUCUUAAAACCGUGGACAUACAACAGCACAAUAUUCGGCUUAUUUCCUAUGGGAAGAAAACUUAAAAAAGCCACAGAUGCUUUCCACGGCUUCAAUAAAAAGGUGCUUCACCAAAAGCUGGAAUCUAUGUUGGCAGAGAGGAGAAAUAAUUCUAAAUUAGAAGAAGCAAAUGAAAACAGCAGUCCCAGAAGGAAAGGAGAUACCUUCGUAGAAUAUGUUCUGGAAUGUUGUCUAAAUGACCCGACAUUCACACUACAAGAUGCACAAGAUGAGAUCAACACUUUUAUCGUUGCAGGACACGCAACUACCGCUGUCACGCUGAAUUGGUCGACUUAUUUGUUAGGUUUAUAUCCUGAAGUUCAAGAAAAAGUUGUUCAAGAGUUGAAUGACAUAUUUGGAGAUGACAUUCACAGAGAUGUUACAUGCGAUGACCUGAAAAACAUGAAAUACUUAGACAAAGUUCUCAAAGAAGUAAUGAGAAUUUAUCCUGCAGCUCCAUUAAUUGCAAUAAACUAUAAAGAAAAUAAAAAAAUUGGGAAUUAUGUCGUUCCAAAAGACACUUUAUGCCUUCUUUGCCUCUACAAGCUACACAGAGAUGAAAAAUAUUUUCCAAAUCCUGAGGAGUUCGACCCUGAGAGAUUUUCACCUGAGAAUUGCAAAGCGAGGCAUCCACAUUCCUACAUACCUUUUUCUGUGGGUCAAAGAACAUGCAUAGGUUACCAGUUCGCUUUAAUGGAAGUAAAAGUAAUUUUAAGUAAACUAUUACAGAAGUUUAAAUUCACUUCUUUGGAUCCAAGAAAUCGAUCACAAGAAAUGUUCGCAGUAGUAUUGAUGAACUCAACACCUUUGCGUAUUUGUGUGGAGCAGAGGAUUGUAGCCCGAGAAUCUGAUUAUUAGUGGAGCUUAGAAUAAAUUGUUUCAUAUUAAUUGAAUUUUCUUUUGUGCAACAUAUUUCUGUAAUAAUAAUUAUUUAAGUAAUUGAGGAAAAAUAAAGAAUGAAAUAUUUUAACGGAAUUUUUUGAAUGAGUUUCUCCAGUCAGAUUGGAAAAGUUAGUUAAUCCAACUGGUUACGUACAGCAAGACAAGCCAUUGUUAAACAUAAGAUAAUAGAUUACUCAUAUUCUUUCAAAAUGCUUCAUUGAAGGGUUAGAAUUUAGUAAGGAGUAACCAAUAAACUCGAAAAAUUUAUGAUAAAAGUUAUCUAAUAUAAUCCAUGAGAUAGAAACAUUGAAAGUGAAAUUUAUCUGACUGGAAUACAAGUACCAGUCAUCCAGGGUUCAAUGUUAAACUACCGUUGCCAAAAAUGUAGUAGUUAUACGAAGUUGUAGGAUCAGAUGAUAUACCCAUGUUUGCAGAUAAUUGAAAAACCUUACUAAAAUAAUGUAUACUGUACCUUGUACACUGAUGGUUCAAACAUCUACGCCAGUAAAUUAAGGUACUACAUGAUGGAAUAUUCUCGUUUUUUUUACUUAACUUCUCAAGUGCUGCGAUUUGACUUUUGUAUUCCCUGUGGCACCUACCUUUUCUCUGCCUACGACAGAUAUUGUUUCAGAUCUUACAUAUUUCUUUUGUAUCUUUUCUACUGCUAUCUGGGAAUAUUCAAGAGCCUUUGCCAACUUAGAGAUAGUGCGCACCAUUCUGAAGUCCACAAUCUACGAGCGGUCAAAUAGCGAUAAGCGGUGUAUGUUCCAGAUCUGACAACCUACAAUGUAAUAGAAUUGGACUUUUUUAAUAACAUAACCACCUUUUAAUUGCAACUAUUUCUGAAAAGAUGUUAACUGACUGACUAACUGAGUAACUUCAAAUUGUAGAAACCAAAUUCUUUAGUAAAGCUGCACCAUCAGAAAUCACCUGUUGAGUCGCUAGAAGCAUCAAAUAUAUCUACGCCUGUUGUUUCGGCAACUAGAAGUUACGGCUAGUAUUCUGGGACUUCACUUUAAUUCUGACCUAAUUUAAAACUAGUUCUCAAGAGCUUAUUCUCAGCUUACCAAAUCGAAUUUUAAACAGAUGCUCAACUUUUCAUAUCUACUUUUAAGCUGAUUGUCAAUUUUUUAAAUUAAUGGAGAAACUAAGAUCUCCAUCACGUUUUUGAUUUAUAACAAUGUUACUGUGAAGUACCGAAAUUGGGGAAUGUCGACCUUCUCCGGUGAAUGACCAACUACGUCUUUGAAAGACUGAAUAUUUGGUUAUAUUCAUAUACAUUCCCACCAUCACCGGUGUAUGUCAAGCAGCAUACAUAUGCUAGGGUACAGGCUGAAACCAGAAACCGCAAAGACAGAAAGAGACGUUGUAAAAGCCCGGGAUUGUUGUGCAAUUCAAUAUGUCAUAACGGUUUAAGUUGUCGCAGUAAAUAAGACUGUAUAAUGUCAAUCACAUACUAAGUUUUCUAUUGCUUAGUAAGUUUAUUAUUGAUGUUAUUUUCUUUUCUCAUUUAGAAUGUACUAUUCGUUCUAAGUUCAGCAGUUUAUUUACAUGUGCUGUUACUCAAGUUUUCUCCAAUGAUAUACAUCAUAAUAUGCUUUAAUAAUAAAAUAUGGUUUAA